GAGCCGAGUGGGGACCAGCUGGUUACGCAGCGGCCGCGGGUCUCCACCCGAGAGUAUGGCGGCUGGGAUUUCACCGGAGAACGAGGGAGAGAGCGAGACAUGCGAGAGAUGGUGAAAAAGAAAACAAAGGUCGUAUCAGUUUGACUUUUUGCUUUUCAUCCUGAGGCUGUCCCGUGCUUGAGAAAUCGUGUAUGCAGUUCAUUCCAGGGGCUAACCCAGCGAUUUUCCAGUGUCCUCGAUGGAGCAAGUUUGUUUUUUUAUGAUGCUCAGAGAGGGGUGAGCUAAGCAGAUGAAACGGACCACAUCUCAUCGAGCGGUGAUUUCUUCUUCUCUGUGCACAUCUCGGACAUUUACAGCGCUCGGAUGUCCGUGUAGCUGUCAGUGAGUGGCCUGCAUGGGGGAAUUUCUACAAUGAAAUCCAUCUUCGGGCAGCGAUUCUUUGUGCUCUGCUGUAGCUGAGCAGCAGCAGCCAGCAGGACCGUGUUAUUGACAACCCGUUCAAAAUGGGACACGAAUGGUGAAUGUGAUUCGUGUGGGAACAUUUUGAAGCUCAUUUCAAUGACGCGCGGAGAGUGAACCCCCUACCACUUGAUUUGAUCCACGAUGCGCGAGUAUAAAGUGGUGGUCCUAGGCAGCGGUGGGGUCGGGAAAUCCGCCCUCACUGUGCAGUUCGUCACCGGGACGUUCAUUGAGAAGUACGACCCCACUAUAGAGGACUUCUAUCGCAAGGAGAUCGAGGUGGACUCCUCACCCUCGGUGCUGGAGAUCCUGGACACGGCUGGUACCGAGCAGUUUGCGUCCAUGCGGGACCUGUACAUCAAAAACGGUCAAGGAUUCAUACUAGUCUACAGCCUGGUCAACCAGCAAAGCUUCCAGGACAUAAAGCCGAUGAGGGAUCAGAUCAUAAGAGUGAAAAGGUACGAGAAGGUUCCUGUGAUCCUGGUGGGGAACAAGGUUGACCUGGAGAGUGAGAGGGAGGUAUCGUCCAGCGAAGGCCAAGCCCUGGCAGAGGAGUGGGGCUGCCCGUUCAUGGAGACCUCGGCCAAAAGCAAAACCAUGGUAGACGAACUAUUCGCUGAGAUCGUUCGGCAGAUGGACUACGCCGCCCAGCCAGACAAGGACGACCCCUGCUGCUCGUCUUGCAAUAUACAAUAGCCCUGAAGGGGGGGCGUCCAGGAACAGG